AUGCUCCAGCUCAUUCAGCAACGCGUGCAAAAAUCCAUUGAACGCUCCUUGCCACCUGGAAAGGGGAGAACCGAGCUCUUAGAGUCCCAUGACCUCGUCAUCCAUGACGAGCCGGAGUUCGACGGCGCAACUUCACAUGAGGUGCGCGAUCAUUUCCAUGGCUGGGUGGCAGAACAAUUACCAAAAGUGGUUGACACGCCUGCAACAUUAAAGCGGAUUCUUGAAUCGCAUUUCGAGAAGAAAAGGGAGCUCCCCGGGCCUGAAUACGGUUUUGGGGCACGGUUCAACUUGGCUCUCUUUGUUGAUGAUAUCUGCUUGGAGUCUUUGGACCAUAUGGACUAUCCUGUUGUGAAGAUUAUGUAUAAGCAAUGGGGGAAUUUGAGCCCCGAGGAAAGAAACUACGAAAUUGCUUCCGAGUGGCAUGAUGGGACGACGGAUGAGGAGCAAGAGGAUGUUGGCUGGAUGUACAUGUCUGUCGCGGACUACGUUUCAAUGUAUGACCGGUUUGCGUGGACUCACAUGGCUUUAUGGCAUGAUGAAUAUCUUCGGCCACCUCAGAUGAUUGACUAUUUCUAUGACGAGACGAUGCAACCGGGCUUCUGGCGAAGUUAA